CUCUUCCUCGUAGUGCCGUCGGGACCGUUGCAGGGCGAGAGUUUGUGUCCGCUUUUACGUCGCUCGAGCCCUGGGCGCUGCGAGCUAGAACCGAGCACGCGGGUCGGUCAUCAUGUCGCGUUACGGGCGGUACGGAGGAGAAACCAAGGUGUAUGUUGGUAACCUGGGAACUGGUGCUGGCAAAGGAGAGUUAGAAAGGGCUUUCAGUUAUUACGGUCCUUUAAGAACUGUAUGGAUUGCGAGAAAUCCUCCAGGAUUUGCCUUUGUGGAAUUCGAAGAUCCUAGAGAUGCAGAAGAUGCAGUACGAGGACUGGAUGGAAAAGUGAUUUGUGGCUCCCGAGUGAGGGUUGAACUAUCAACAGGCAUGCCUCGGAGAUCACGUUUUGAUAGACCACCUGCCCGACGUCCCUUUGAUCCAAAUGAUAGAUGCUAUGAGUGUGGCGAAAAGGGACAUUAUGCUUAUGAUUGUCAUCGUUACAGCCGGCGAAGAAGAAGCAGGUCACGGUCUAGAUCACAUUCUCGAUCCAGAGGAAGGCGAUACUCUCGCUCACGCAGCAGGAGCAGGGGACGGAGGUCAAGGUCAGCAUCUCCUCGACGAUCAAGAUCUAUCUCUCUUCGUAGAUCAAGAUCAGCUUCCCUCAGAAGAUCUAGAUCUGGUUCUAUAAAAGGAUCGAGGUAUUUCCAAUCCCCGUCGAGGUCAAGAUCAAGAUCCAGGUCCAUUUCACGACCAAGAAGCAGCCGAUCAAAGUCCAGAUCUCCAUCUCCAAAAAGAAGUCGUUCCCCAUCAGGAAGUCCUCGCAGAAGUGCAAGUCCUGAAAGAAUGGACUGAAGCUCUCAAGUUCACCCUUUAGGGAAAAGUUAUUUUGUUUACAUUAUUAUAAGGGAUUUGUGAUGUCUGUAAAGUGUAACCUAGGAAAGAUAAUUCAACCAUCUAAUCAAAACGGAUCUGGAUUACUACUACUCUGUAAAUUCACAACAGUAAGAUAAUAUAAAUUUUUGUUGAAUGUAUUAACAUCCUAUGGUCUGAAAAUGUGGGUUUUUAUUUGGCACAUUUAAAUAAAAUGUUUCUAACUAGA